UGCGCUCGAGACUCGCGCUCUGCUGUGUUCUAUUUCGGAACGUUCGUGCAUUGUGACAUCACUCAGCAGUCCCUUAUAACCGCGCGCUCGCAGACUGUCUUCACAGUCAGAGACAGUGAGAAUCUGAGCGAGUUUGAGUGCUAGAGAAGAUCUACAUACGAAAGUCUGCAGACACAACACACACAGUGUACAGACUAAAGUCUACUAAACACUCGAGAGUUUGUCCACUCACUCUCAGCGUCACGAUGUGUCCAGCAUCUGAGUCCGUGUCUAAUGAGACAGAAGCGGCUGCGUGGCUGGAUAACAUCAGCUUCUGCAGCGGCUUCUGUCAGUGGAUCGACGAAGAGUUGAUCGAUUCACUGCCAGCUGACUCCCAGCAGCCUGUCGAGUCAACAAGGGCUUCAGAAGCAGAAGCAGUGAGUGCACAGGCUUCUGCUGAGAAAAGCCCGACAGAGAUUCGUACUGGUGGCAGCAGGAGGAGCAGAAUCCAUGCGUUCUUCAAGAGAGCCUGGAAGGCCGUGAAGAAGCCGUUCCUCCGCUGCAGACGGACACGAGUGGAGUCUGAUCCCGAACCGGCGUCUGUCCCGGGACCCUCUGAGCUCCAGAACGGGCCUGACACCGAGCCCACAUCUGCUCCAGAUCUCCCCGACUGGAGACCAACUACCAAGUCUUUGCACAAAUUGUACACAAUGCAAGAUUUGAUAGGAACAGGAAGCUUUGGCAAGGUGUAUAAGGCAAUCCGAAAAUCAGACGGCCGAGAGGUUGCCAUCAAAACAACGCGGAAAUGGAACAACUGCUAUUCUCUUCAAAUACCUGGUUGUUCCAGACGUCUGGCUACAGAAGUGGGGCUGAUGCUGAUGUUGAGACGUCCUCCAGUGUGCCCCUACAUCAUAGAAAUGUACGAGUGGUUCGAUCGACCCCUGGUCUUCUCACUCGUUCUGGAGUUCCCUCAACCCUGCGUGACCUUGCGAGAGUUCAUCAUGGAUUCGUCAGGACUGAGUGAAGCGGUCGCGCGUGGCUUCAUGCGUCAGUUAGUCCUGGCGGUGCAGCACUGCAUAAACCACGGCGUGUUUCAUAAUGACGUCCAUGCUGACAACAUCCUGGUGAACAUCGACACUCUGGAGCUGAAGCUGAUUGACUUCGGCUCCGGUCACCUGCUUGACAGCGCUGGCUAUGACAGCGUCAAAUAUAUAGGAGCAUUCCUGUUCUGCCCACCAGAGGUCUUCUCUAAACCCAAAUACUACGCCGUCCCAACAAACGUCUGGACUCUAGGUGUGACGCUGUACAUGAUGGUCAACAUAAAGCUGCCUUUUUCAAGUGUCAAGCAAAUAUUGAAAGCCUGUCCUUUCCCUUGGAAAGCUGACCUAUCCAGCGCAUGCAGUGAUCUGAUCCACCAGUGUCUGGAGCGCAGUCCAGCGAAGCGGCCCACGUUAGAGCAGAUCUUACAGCACCAAUGGUUUGAAAGUCAGCUCUAGGAUGAAGGCAGGUGUGGGAUCCUUCAGUCCUCUGGGUCAGACGAAGGGUAGAUCUUCUAUUUUUUUCAGUUUGGCACUAGAGCUCCAUACUGCCUGCUGAACCAACAAGUGCCUGUCCUCAGGUUGUACCUGGAUGGGAGAAGUGACCUGAGGCCAGACUUUCGGCUUAACAGGCAAACACUGACCUACCUCAUUAACAUCCUCCGUGAGGAUCUUGACCAUGGUUGGGGUCAGGAUCUUGAAAUUCUGGUCUUCAUAUUCUGGCUGGAUAGUGCAACUUCUUACCGGGUUUUUUGCAGAGCAUUUGAUAUGCACCGUUCAACAGUCCACAUGAUUGUCCACAAAGUCUCGAAAAUGCUCCUCCGUAUCAAACGGAAAGUGAUCCACUUACCAUCUUUACAAGAGCUUGAGGAAAUCUGCACAGGCUUUGCAAACUUGGCUGGCAAUCCUGUCUUUAAUUCAAUUGCUGGCAGCAUUGAUGGCUCUCACAUUAGAAUCAAGCCUCCAUCUGCUGAUUCUAUAUGCUACUUAAAUAGAAAGUUAUUUCAUUCCAUCCAGCUACAAGCACUCUGUGACCACCAAGGUAAAUACCUGGAAAUUUUUUCCAGAGGGCUCAGGAACAGCCCAAUCUACCUGAAGGCACUGUGCCCACCAGACGGAUACCACAUUUUAGGAGAUGGAGGUUUCCCCCGUCUUAGCCACCCAGUCUCUCUUAUCACUCCAUAUAGAGAGCCACUACACAAUGGAAGUCAACAUCGUUUCAACUUCCACCAUGCAAAAGCUCGGUCUAUUAUUGAGAGAUCUUUUGGCUGUUUGAAAACGCGAUGGCGGUCACUCUUCUUCAAGGCCCUUGAAGUCAAACCAGACUUUGCUCCAGAGGUCAUCACUUGUUGUACUAUACUGCACAACAUCUGCAUCACAAAUGGUGACAUCGUGGAGCCAGAAGAAGGACAACUGGAUGGCGAUGAUCUUGAUGACCUGCAAGUGAGAGAUCCGCAGAGUGGAGAACACACCAGAGAUCGAUUGGCUGCAGCUCUUUCUGUUUCAAAUUACAACAAUCUUCCUCCAGCCCUAAGACACCAU